GCGGAAUUUAUGUGCGCGCAAAGCUGUACGCGAAUACGUAUACGAACGAAUGGAAAAUCAUAAAGUGGAGUUGAUGAAUCGGAAGAGGAACGAGUCGUAUAAAAUUCAAGUGCAUCCUACCGGGCUACUUUUAUCCGCGCGAACGCCGAAACGACUACAUCGACGCGGAUUCGACCGUUACUUGCGCAACCGUGGCCUCUGCCCCUUCGCACAUCGUUCGCUGGAAAUCGAUGGAAAUUCAAAGUCACCUCGGAAUUCUCAGCAACGGCGCUAAUUUCUAUUCGACUUCGCGAGGAUCGCAGCAGAUCCAGAAUUGGUUCGACGAAAAUUUCGAUGGAACAAAUAUACCGGGAUCGUUGAACCCAGUGAGUAGAUGCGUCCGCUGGUGUACAACGUCCGUAAUUCUCGAAAAAUUUGCCGGAUUUUAUUUCAAUGGAGCGAAUAGAGAUUUCUUGAGAGUGAAAAAUUGCAUGGGGUAGGAAUUGGGGGUAAAUUCGCACAGAAUAUAACGAGAUACGUAGCCCUAGCCAAGUACAGAUAUAGUUGGAAAAAUAUUGUUUGCUCGAAAGUUGAAAACACGGCCAAGGCCAAGAUCGGUUUUGACGAAUAAGUACUUUGCAUUAUUAACUGGAAAUUUAUGACCGCUUUUUAUAUUUAUUCUUUUAUAUUCCAUAGCUGUUGUCCGACGACAACAACUUGGAUGUAUAUUACCAUUCUGAAUGGGUGCAUUGAUCACUUGCGGUGAUCGAUUUCUUAGAAUAUUACCGGUUCGGUGACGUGAUCGCCUUUUUUAUCCCAUUCGUCUGUCUCCGGGGUGACUUUUUACCUUUAUUUUUUACAAUUAAAGAUACGAUCCGCUGAAUUUUGACGUUCGUCAUCAACGGAUGCGCACCGACAUGACGUAGAUCAAAUUGCACAGACGAAAAAAGAAACUUGCAAUUGGCCUCAAAUUAUUCCACUAGUGAAAAUAUCGCGAUGAAUUUCGUCGGCGAUCCUCGAUGAAAAAGCGAACACAUUCGAUUAUGGAGAAGUUUCGAGGGGUCGGAGGAAAUAUCUCCGCUAGUGGUUGCAAAUACACGUCAUCGAGUGCGGUCUGCAUUGCACCAGGUCAACGAUGCAGCUGCUGUGGGAGGUUGCGGUUCGCGCCGAAGCCCUGUGGUCCGCCUCAAACCCUUCCGGAAUUUGAGCUAUCUCCGAUAGAGAAAAAGACCCCUUUGAACGAAACCAUAUCCUGCGAGGCGACGGAACAUCCGUGCGAUCGCGCCGCGGUAAUCGUCAACUCCGUAAAUCAUUCAUGCGAAAAUUCUUCGUCAAUAAUAUGCGGAGAUAAGGGUCUCGCGGCACGCGAAUACACCGAGAAAGACGUCGGUCGCUUCGUUAAGAUAAUUGAACAGAAAUUAGCGGAAUCACUGGAACGAAAUAAGUCGCCGGCUUGCGCUGAUUUUGAAGUACAUGACGGUGAGAACGACACAGGCUGCUUCGGUGAGAGAAUUGAAGGUAAGUUUAAGGAUUCGUGGAAGGCAGACCGGACUUCGGUCUGUCCGGGCGGUUUGAUGAUUCCUGGAUUACCUGAGGCGGUGAUGAAUUUUCGAGCGUUCAGUGAAUUCGAAAAUGUUGAGGGCUCAGAGGUAUCGACGGAACGAUCCGUGCGGGAAAAUAUUUGCACUUUUCGCGAGUCCGUAAUUUCGGCGAAUGAGAAAAACCACCGGAAGAAUUCGGUUGCCGGUGAAGAUUGCGCGGUAAAAGAUAGUUCGGUAGACGAGAUUGUAACGAACGGUGAGAAUAACGCGGAUUUUAUGGAAUCGCAAGAUUUUUGUAAAUGGGGAGAGACGGAUACCGCUGAUCGCAUUUUGGCGGGGGAUGAAAAGGCCGGUGCAAAUGUAAUUCGAAGACUCUCGUGCAUGGAUAGAAAGUGUUUCUCUACGCUGUGCAGACAGCUUUUCAGAUGGUCGUAUCGUUUGUCGAAAAAGUGGAGGGACCUGACCGGUCGACCGCACAUAGUCAUUCAUUUGCCUUCGAUGGGUUACCCUGUCGAUGUCAGACGUCGAGCGUCCGAGAGGUUCGAUCUCCUCCAAAACGUUCAGGUAACCAGGUUGGGUUGGCUAGCGAAUGAAAACGCCCAAGUAGUUUACGUCGUUCCAAACGAUCAAGGCGUAGAGACGAUCACUCUGUUUCGGGAUCUGAUAAAAAACGUCCGCCCAGAUGUCGCCGAGAACAGGCUGUGGAUCAUUCAACCCGAAGGAGAAAAAUGCUUCAAGACCGGUUGUCUGAAUGGAUCUCGAGCGCUUUUUCAGAGCACGAAAACCUUUCAACGACUGCAAAUGCUCACCGCUGGACGUCGAGCGUUUUUACUUCCCGGCGUAAUGGAAGAAAUCGACGUUUUCAUCGCCUCUAAACUCAGGGCCCCCGUUAUGGGUCCGCCGCUGGAAUUUCAGAAUUAUUUUCUCAAAAAAUCGAACGUCGCUAAUUUCCUCAAAGAAAUCGACGUCGAUCAGCCCCCGUUCGUUCCAGAUGUCGGUAAUUUUUCAGAGCUCUGCCGGGGACUCGCUCGUCUGAUGAUAACCUACCCGAGAUACGCGACGUGGUUGAUAAAAAUAAAUUAUGGUUUCAAUGGACUUCAGACAGGUUCGAUUAACUUUGAAAAAAGUCCUUCGCGUGAGAUCAUCGCCGCAAAAAAUAUUGAAAAAAUAUUGGUCGUCGAUAUCGAUCCUCACUACACCGACGUCAUCGCUUUCACCGAUUGGGUGAAAUUUUGUCUCUGUACAACGACAUCGGCGACGACAAAAAUGUGCGCUCGUCACUCCCGUCAAUCGGGAAUUUUGGAAUGCGAAAAAAUCGAAAACGAUGUGAAAAAACGAAGGACAUCGAAAAAACGUAACGAAAUAUCGAAUUCCAAAGACUCUAUGGAAAGAUACGCGAUUUGCAGUGGUAAAAUUUGCAGUAACGGGUUGGCGAGGUACUGCGGAUCAAGUUUGGUCAGUUUAUGCGAGGAACGUAACGUCCGUUACAAUUUCAAGAUAAAACAAGGCUCAAUGAUCUGCCCGAUAGACUCGGAGCGACGUGCCCUCGGGCUUGUUUCUCUCCAUCCUAAGAGGUUCCGGGCCAUCGAAGAGUUUGCUAAAGCCUUAAGGGUCCUGCACGAGAUUUCUAUGGAAAAACCGAACGAAAAUAUCAAGACCAACAUGCUCCAGUCUCCUCGGACCAUCGAUCAUCUGGACAUUCGAUCAACGUCUCUCGCUGGGAUGCGAACUGAACAGCUAAAUGCUGCUGAUCAUCCCAACGGCCAGAUUGUCAUCCCGGAUAAUGGCGGAAAUGUUUCCCUGUCAAGUACCACCUGAUUCGUCAGAUUGCCCAGCUGUAAUCGCCAACAUCGAAGAAAUUGUCUGCGACGAUACGGACGACGCUACGUCUUCACCUCCACUUUUGGAUCUUCAAGGUUUUCAGGAUAUCCGCGAAGAAAUUAUUACCGAAGAC